AUUGGUGGAGUGGAGGGUGGGUCGAAGGAAGAUCGAGGGAUGAGAUGAAUCUGAUAAAGCCCACUGUUGUGUUUGCAAUCACAUUAAGUAGCGCCAUUCUGUUUCUACUUUCCUUUCCAAAUAACCACUAUCUUCCACGACAACACUCCAUGUCCAUGGCGCCAAGUUUUAUUCUGUGGCUUCACGGUUUGGGUGACUCUGGCCCUCCCAACGAACCCAUCAAAACAUUUUUCACUUCUCCCCGAUUCAGAAACACCAAAUGGUCCUUCCCCUCUGCCCCUUCCGCCCCAGUCACUUGCAACCAUGGUUAUAUAAUGCCUUCGUGGUUUGACAUUCUUGAGAUUCCUGUGACAGCUGAUUCUCCAAAUGACGAGAGUAGUUUACUUAAAGCUGUUCGAAAUGUGCAUGCUACUAUAGACAAGGAAAUAGCUGCUGGCAUAAACCCUAACAAUAUAUUUAUCUGUGGAUUCAGUCAAGGAGGUGCCUUGACUUUGGCUAGUGUUCUACUGCACCCUAAAACUUUAGGUGGAGGUGCAGUCUUUAGUGGUUGGAUUCCAUUCAAUUCGUCUUUUACAGAACAAAUUACACCAGAGGCAAAGCAGACACCCAUACUAUGGUCCCAUGGGCUGGUUGAUAGAACCGUAUUGUUCGAGGCCGGACAAGCAGGUCCCCCAUUCCUUGAAAAAAUUGGUGUGGGAUGUGAGUUUAAGCAGGCUUAUCCUGGUCUUGACCACUCGAUAAACCAUGAGGAGCUGCGGUAUCUCGAGUCAUGGAUCAAUGCGCGCCUACAGAGUUCUUCCCAAUAGUUAUUUCAGCCUGGAAUAUAAUUUGAAUAUAGGCUUGUACUUGUGUAGACUCCCUCAUCAGUUAAUCUAUUUCGUUUUAUUCAUCCCAGUGUUAACCGGCAUUGAAAUUAUCUUCAUCUUUUACUCUUUUUGCAUCACAGUGGGAUAUACCAUUAGC